GUACAAUUCUGAAAUGUAGUAAACAUGUCGCACAGAAACGUGUACAAUUGUUGCAUUUAUUAUUUAGAAAUUUCGUUUUUAAACGUACAAAACAGAAACAUUUAUACUAAAUAUGCAUAAUUGUUUGGCUUUAUUGUUUUAGUUAUAGUUAUUAUAGCUUAUCAGUAAAAUCGAUCAGUAAAUAAAAAUACCGUAACAAAACCGAACAGUGUAAAGGAACAGAAUGAAUUCUCAGCAGUAUAUUCAGUAUCAAAUGGCUGUAUCUGCUGGUAUUCAAGGGAUUCCUGCCUAUGCACCUGGUGUUACACCAUAUCUACCGAUGGCAAAUCCUUCUUUAACAGCAGGAUUACAGGGUGUGGUUCCUCCACCUCCUCCACCAGUUGCAGUGUCAUCUCCUGAGAUAAAUGAAAUUGAAAAUCCAUCCUCUGUAACUAUAACAACCACUAGUGUGGCAAUGACUGAAGAAACUGCAGAAAAACCAGCUGCAGAUACCAUUGCAAGUAAUGACUCUGAAAAAACUGUUGAUCAAGUGGAGUUAAAGAGCCCACAAGCUGCUCUCACCAGCACCACCAUGACCACCUCAGCCGUGCCUAAUGCUGUUGUACCAACACCAAUGGUUCUCCCAUCCACCAGCCAACCAUCACUAAUUGGAGGUGUAUAUGCUGGUGCUUAUAUCCAGCAGGCAAUUCCUCAACAACCUGCACAGGUACCUGUGGCUCAAUCGCCAUACAUGAUGGCACAAGCUGGUGUCCAGUAUGCGAUUCCCCAGUCAUCCAAAGUAAUGUACAUACCACAGGGUUAUGGAGGUGUACAGCCAUCUCCAUAUGUUGCUGCAGGACAGCAACCUAUGCUUGUACAAGAUCAUACUGGCAAGACAUAUAUUCUUAAUGCUCCUGCAGCACAUGCCCCAUUGCAAUACCAAAUGGCCCAACCAGGGCUUAAGGCUCCUGGUCAGCAGUAUGUGGUUGUCCCCAAUCAAUAUUAUGCUGGAGCUGUCCCCACCAACCCUGCUGUACAACAAGUCUAUGGGAGACAAGCGGCUGCUGCAGGGGCUGCAACUGCUCAGUCUAUUGCUCCACUUGCAUCUUACCCCCCAGGUGGAACUGUUCCAGGUGCACAAUCACCACAGGUUUUCUAUUACUACUGAGCCCUCUUCUUUCCUAGAUGUCUGUAAUCUUGUUCUUAACCAGUUCUGACACACCGUCUGCUUUCAGUUUUACAAUUCUUUUUACAAUGCUUGCUCUUCUGCUCAGCAAGGCUGUUGUCUGUGGGCUUUGUGCAACCAGCUUCUUAGUAGCCACUUCUGCUUUAAAUAAGCUGUCAACACAAUUUUAAACAACACUAUUCACACAUUCAUGAUGUUAGGUUUUUCGCUCACUGUGUAAUCAACCAAUUUUGGACAAGCUGUCCACCACAAUGUCCACACAUGGCAGUUAGUGCCAGGUAAUGAUUUCUUCUUCAUAAAGCUGCAUGGUUAAAUGUGCAAUGUCAGUAUUCAGUCAAAUCAAGCCACUUAACGGCGAUAUAUAAACUCCUCUCAGAGCUUGAUGUGUCUACUUGCGGUAAACCACAGACUAUGUCACAGUCUAGUUUUUCCGGUUGGGCAACUUGGUUAAUUGUAAAGGUGCUCUAUGUUAUGAAUAUAUGCUGAAUAAUACUGCAUAGUACUUUUUACUUUUUAAGUCGCCCCGAUUUGUUGGUGUUUGAAGGCUUGGAGCGUAAAGUGUUUUAUAUUUUAAUUGUCAACGGUUAACAUCCUUGUUUGAAACCAGUGCUGGAAAACCCAACUGUGCUGUUUGUAGCUGAUGUGUAGUGUAGAGAAAGUCUGUUGUAUGUGUUUGGUUGCAGAAAUUGUCGUUUUUUUCAUGAUUUUACAUUAUCAUUGUGGAUCAACCAUUUCUUAUUUAUCAGUCGCCACAAAAGUAUCAGUUUGACAAAUUUUCAAAUUAUUUGGACCAAGCUUCUGUAUAGAUACUGCGAAAAAUUACAUUUGUGCAUUUGAAAACGAUGAACAUUACAUUUAAUUACAAACUUGAGAAACUAAACAUAUUCAAGAGCUGUUGUUAUCCAUCAUUUCUCUUUCUGGUCUCCUAUUUUUUUCGUUUAAGAUGUUCCAUAGUUUACAAUCAUGACACUCCAGUAAAUUGGUACACAAUUUAUCUGCCACUUGCUUUAAAGUCUACCCUGUUGUUACUUAUUGUGUGGAAGUGCUUCUAAUCUGAACAGAAGCAGUCGGGAGGUUCUUUUCAUAUGAACGUUAAUUCAAACUUAAUGGUUACCCAUCGUUUCGAUGACAAUACUUUAACUGCAACUUGUUUUCAAUGGAGAUUUCUGUACACCUAGCUUUCUGUUUUUUCAGAUUUUUCUGUAAUUGAAACCACUUUAGGUAGUUUUAUUCAAGUAAACUUUCGCAUUAAUAAAUUAAACUCAUUUGCAAU